AUGAUCAAGAUCGAAACCACCGACGGCCCUAUUCGAUCCAGCCCUACGGAUAAUAGUUCCCAGGGAUCCUCGUCGACAGACUCCGGCACCCGGACUCGGUCCGAUUUCGAGAGACUACCGCUCUUUGCGCAAAAAGCUACGAGACGGGCGCAACAAGUCUCGCAACCCGUGACCGGACCUCUUGGAAAGGCCUGGAGAUGGAUUCAAGGUCCGGCGGAUGCGCGUCGAUACCGCAUGGAGAAGGGUUUUCUAGGGAAAAUACAGUUUUAUCCAAUCGCGGUGCGCAAUCGUUUACUUCCCGGACGACGUCCGAAAAUACUUGCGCUUCUAGCCUACUACAUCCUAUGGAUGUCUCUCUUCGUUCAUAUUUUACGCCAGGCAUAUACCGUAAGAAGUGUUGGAAGAUUUGGCACACCAACCACCUUGAGUUGCACAAGUCGAUUAUGGGGUGACGGACUCACGUGUGGUAUCAACGGCGAGACUUGCCGGCCAUUCGAAAACAAUACGUGGCUGUUCCGCUGCCCUGCUGGCUGUCUUGACACCAUGGUAUUGAAUCCUUAUACAAUAGGUGACCAAGAAAUCAACUACCGCUCACUCGUCGUCGGUGGCGCUACCGCCGACGAAGAAGCGUUCAACUAUCGAGCAGACUCUUUCAUCUGCGGCGCUGCCAUUCAUGCUGGCGUCAUCACGGAUGGUAGUGGUGGUCUCGGGCUCAUCUCCAUGAUUGGAGAGAAGACGUCUUACCCAGACACCACUAGUAAUGGGAUCUCGAGUGUGGGCUUCAAUGGAAGCUUUCCUUCUACGUUCACAUUCGAUCGAGACCCGGUACUGGCUGACUACCAAGACGGGUAUGAUGAUCCUCAAUGGCGCCUCCUGGGUGUGUCUGUAACUUUUACCGCAAUCCUUUCGUUGUUCACCACAUCAGCACCUGUAUUCUUCGCAUCUGUAUUCUGCGCCGGAUUUUUCCAGGUCGGUUUGGCAUCCAACCCACCCGAGGCUAUCGACUUUAACACCUUGGUCUCCAUUGCGUUCAGCAGAUUCCUACCAGCUGCUUUUAUGAUGGCCAUCAUGUAUCGAAUCAGUAUUAAGAAGUCCUUGAUUGGGCUUGAAGCCCAGAUUGAGAAGACUGUCCUCUGGAUCGGAGGCUUCUGGGUAGGGUCCCUUGCUCACUACACUACGGAGAAAAUACCUAUCCAGCGACUCACGCCUCACGACCUGAACCAGCAACCUGGUGCUAUUGCCGCAUUGGUUAUCAUCAUCAUUGUCUUGGUCGCCAUAGUCUUGCUCCAAGCAUGGAAUUUCCGACUUGAAGGUCGCCUACCGCGCUAUCUAGCAUUGUACAUUACUCUCGGUGUAACCAUACUGUUACUACUCGCGAUACCGGGUCUAAAUCUCCGCAUCCAUCACUAUAUUCUAGCUCUACUACUCCUUCCAGGCACAGCAAUGCAGACACGGCCAAGUCUACUCUUCCAGGGGUUUCUUGUUGGCUUAUUUAUAGACGGCGCAGCGCGUUGGGGCUACGCCAGCAUCCUCGAGACCUCCGCCGCUCUCCGAGGCGAUGCUCAGUUGGGCAGUCUCCUACCUGCAAUCGCCACGCCACUCGUGAACGGUAGCAAUAUCACCUUCACGUGGGACAGGCCGACACGCGGAUAUGACGGCGUGAGUGUCUACGUGAACGACGUUGAGCGGUUCAGGGGAUUCCAGGACGACAACAUGGAUUCAUUCAGCUGGACGCGCCAUGUUGAGGGACUGCCUGAGUACUUUAGAUUUGCAUUCAUCGCGUUUGGCAAGAUACAGGGUGUUGCCGUGGCGGAUUAUACGAAGGCGGGGAUCUGGCAUCCGGAUGGGAGUUGGACGCAAAUGGCCGCGGGCGCGAGUCGGGCAUGA